AUGGUAUUUGCUGUGACUUCAAUUAUGGGUGGUGUGGCUGGAAUCACAGCUCUAGUAUGCCUUAUCAAUGGCAGCGUUCUUCUGCAAGAAUCAAUGGCGCUAAUGAAAGCACUCGUUACUCUGCAUCAGUUUUAUGGACGUGCUUACGACCCUAACGAAAUAGUGGUUGCUGAUAAUAUUUAUAUCACUGAAGGAAUAUGCUUGAAAAAUGAAGGUGGUAGUUGCUGUGACUUCGAAUAUAACUGGUGUGGCUGGACUAAUUAUUACUCUAGUUCUAAUCUGUGGACGCGUUCCUCUGGGAGUAUCGGUAUUGGUCAAGAUGGUUACUACAUAUAUGUACAAUCCUCAUCUGGAUAUCGAUACGGGAAGCUUAGAAGUCCUAAAAUACAAGCUACUUGGGGAGAAUUUUGCUUGACAUUUUACUAUUAUGCGAGUGAUGUAAACCAAUAUCUACGCAUCUAUCAAGAUAAUACUAAUUCAUUUCGUGAUGUAUUCUUCGUUCGUGGCGACAGCAGUAGUCAAUGGGAGUAUGUCAGUUUACAAUUAGUUAACCGUUACAAUUACGAGCUGAUGUUAAGAGUAGAUGCUACUAACGGAAAGAUAGCAGUCGACAACAUUUGUAUCAUUGAAGGGCUAUGUGCUGAAAAUAAUGUUAAAGACACCGAAAAACCUGAAUUAAGAUGUCCGGAGGACGAGACUGUGGAUACCGAUGACGGUAAAGCCACGGCGUCAGUUGACUAUUCAAGAAAAAUAAAUGCAAAUGACAACUCCGGGAAUACAUCUACAAUCAUACCUUAUCCCAAUGAAACAUUUCCUGUUGAUAUUGGAACCGGAGCACACGUCAUGUUCACCUUUACGGUUAAUGACUCGUCAGGGAAUAAUGCUACUUGUACAUUUACCAUAACUGUCCAAUAUACAGAAAAGCCUACAAUAAACUGUACACCGGACGAGACCAUUGACACUGAUGAGGGUAGUGCCACGGCGCCAGUUGACUAUUCAAAUAGAGAAAAGCCUACUGUAAACUGUCCACCGGACGAGACCAUUGACACUGAUGAGGGUAGUGCCACGGUGUCAGUUGACUAUUCAAGUAAAAUAAAUGCAACUGACAACUCCGGGGAUAUCCCUACCAUCUCUCCUAAACCCAAUGAAACAUUUCCUGUUGAUAUUGGAAUUGGGCCACACAAGUUCUCUUUUACCGCUACGGACUCGUCAGGGAAUUAUGAUAAUUGUAUGUUUACUAUCCAAGGUUAG